AUGGCCAUCGAGACGACCAGUUUCUAUAGUUCGCCUUACCUGGCAGAACUUUACGAGCUCCAGUGGGCGGGGCCAAAUAUGACGGACGUCGACUUGUACGCAAAGGCAUUCAUGGACGCGGUCACUACAAACAGGACAAUAACCCCAAAUCAUCCGGCCACCUUUCUUGAACUCGGUACUGGCUCUGGACGUGUCAUUCUCGGAGUCUUGAAACGAAUGGCAGAGGCAUCAUUCGACAUGAGCAAUAUAAAGAUGAUCGGCCUAGACAAUUCGCAAAACAUGCUGGAUAUGGCUGCCAAAAUGGAGUCUAGGAACAAGGGGAGUUCUCCUGUAACCUGGGCGUUGGGAGACGCGCUGGAACUCGCCCAGUUACCAAUUUUCUCACCUCGAGCAGGCGAGCAUACCACUGUCGACUUCCUGACCUUCCCACUCAGCAGUAUCGUACACAUGGUUGAGGAUGGACAGUUGGAGCGGUUGUUGCAACAAAUCGGCAAGGUUCUCACUCCCGGAACUGGUAGAGCCUACAUCUCCCUUUUCAACUGGUUCCUGAUCCGACCCGACGACGACCUUCAAGCCCGGAUGGACGACGAGACAAUGCCGCCACCGGCAGGCUACCCGAGUGCAGAGUUUCCCAGUAUCCAGUAUUACAGCGAAAUGAAGAAGAGCGAAUACCAAGGGGACCUUGUGAUUUACCGCCAGGAAGUCCAAGUCUUUGAGCAGCGAGAGAACUGCGAGAAGAAGGAGAUUGAGCGCUACCAUGUUACGCAGACUCUCAGGUGGUUUUCCGAGAAUGCACUUCUUGCGGCCGUUGAAGCGGCAGGCUUGCAGGUCGUGGAGCGAAGAAUGGAAAACACUGGCAUUGAUGAGGAAAGCCCCGAUUUCGUGGAAAACAUUUUCAUUUUGCAGCGGAUGUGA